AUGCGCCUCCUCUCCCUCGCGCUCGCCCUCGGGCUCGCGGCGGCCUCGUGCCCCAACUCCUGCUCCGGCCACGGCACCUGCGGCAGCGACGACACCUGCACCUGCUACCAGGACUGGGUCAUGGGCGACCAGGAGGGCGGCGACUGCUCGGACCGCAAGUGCCCCUACCAGGUCGCCUGGUCCGCGUCCCCGGACCGCGACGGCAACAUCCACACCUACGCCGAGUGCGCCGGCGUCGGCAUCUGCGACCGCUCCACGGGCGACUGCGAGUGCUUCGAGGGCUACACGGGCAAGGGCUGCGGCAUCCAGACGUGCCCGAACGACUGCUCCGGCCACGGCGCCUGCACCUACGCCGAGGACGCGCCCUUCGGCACGGUCUGGGGCGACUACUACACGGCCAAGUCCAACUCCCUCACGGGCCUCGGCACGGAGCCGGUCACGCUCGCGCAGGCGCCCGCGUGGGACUCGGGCAAGGUCAAACUGUGCGUCUGCGAGCCGGGCUACACGGACAUCGACUGCUCGCGCCGCAUGUGCCCCAAGGGCAACGACGUCCUCGACGAGCGCCUCAACCUCUCCAACAACUGGGCCCGGGGCGCCACGUCCAUCGCCGGCUUCAACGGCCAGAACAGCGACAACUGGGACCCGGACUGCUUCAAGGACUUCCUCAACAAGUCCUUCGCGCUCACCUUCACGUCGAAGAUGAACCAGUCCUACACGACCAAGCCCCUCGUCCUCAACGAGACGAACGUCUUCAACAUCUCCAAGGCCUUCUCCUUCGACGUCCGCAAGGCGCUCGUCGAGCUCCCGAACUACGUCAUCGACGACGUCGACGUCGACUGCUCGCUCCAGUACGUGCACCAGAACCUGACGUCGCUCUACCCGGCCCUCUCCUGCCUCAUCGCCUUCACGGGCGACACGGUCAUGGGCCCCCAGUACCUCCUCGAGGUCGAGACCGACGAGUGCCUCGACGGCUGCACGCCCAAGCUCGAGAACCCCGGCAACGUCACGUCCAUGCCCGACAUCUUCUCCUUCGUCAAGGAGCAGGUCACGGCGGACUACAACUCCUACGAGUGCGGCCGCCGCGGCAAGUGCGACUACUCCACGGGCGAGUGCGAGUGCUUCGAGGGCUACAUGGGCGACCGCUGCCAGAUGCAGACCGCGCUCAUCUAG